AUGGACAUCAUUCCGGACUUUCUCCAAAGGCCAAUCGUACGCCCAGCAUCAUCUCAGUCAUCAUUCGAUAAUGAACCCGUGGCUGGCCCGUCUAAUGGUCAUUACAUCGCUAAUGGUCAUACUGAGACGAAUGGUUUCAGGGUCAGUAUCCGAAGAGUCGAGCCCCCGGGGAGAGGGAUGUAUGCAGGUUCUUCGGUAGACAGGGAGGAGUUCGUACGAUUGGUUUUGCAAGGAUUGCGGGACGUGGGUUACGUUGAAGCUGCAGCGACAUUGGAGGCGGAGUCGGGGUACACGUUGGAAUCGUCUUCUGUGGCCGAUUUCCGUGAAUGUGUCCUCAAUGGCCAGUGGGGUCGCGUUGAGUCAUCGUUGACCAGUUUGGGAGUCGUAAUGGAGGAGGAUCUGCGCGUGAGCCCUGCCUAUGUGAGAUUCCUCGUUUGCGAGCAGAAAUUCCUCGAGUAUCUCGAGAAUCGUCAGCUCGAUGUUGCAUUGGAGGUGUUACGAGAAGAGAUAACCCCGCUACAGCAAGAGCCACAGCGAACUUACGCAUUAUCAGGUCUUAUGAUGUGUGAUCCCAAGGACUUGCAUACACGAGCACAGUGGGAUGGUGCGGCUGGUCGGUCUCGGGAAGUAUUACUUAAUAGGCUACAACGCUAUAUUCCCUCGUCCAUAAUGAUCCCUCCACGGCGGUUAGAAACUCUUCUCAAUCAGGCACGGCAACUUCAAUCAAACGCAUGCAUCUAUCAUACUUCAACUCGACCAUUUUCGCUAUACAUUGAUCAUCAGUGUGACCGGACCGAAUUCCCCCUGCAUACCACUAUGAUCCUCGCGGACCACCAGGACGAAAUUUGGCAUUUAGCAUGGAGCAAUGAUGGAACCCGACUAGCCACUGCGAGUCGGGAUCAGUCAGUUAUCAUUUGGCGAAUAGGAGUAAGUGCUGAUCCGAACGAUUGUGCCCUGGAGCAGAGAUUACGAGAACACGCGAACGCCGUCAGCUUCGUGGCCUGGUCACCAGACAACAACGUGUUACUCACCGCCGCUGAGGCGACGAUCAAGAUGUGGAAUCCCAAGACCGGACUGUGCAUCAAGAGUAUCCUCGGACAUGAGGAUACCGUUUGCAGCCUCGUUUGGCGACGAGACGGAUCUGGAUUUAUAUCUGGUGGAAUGGACCAGAAGAUACUCUUUUGGGACAAGGACGGGAAGCAACUAGAUAGUUUGGAACAAAUACCGAUACGCAUGUCUUCCGUAGCGAUUUCGCCAGAUGAGCGAUGGCUCGUCGUGGCUGGCAUGCUUGCGAAUCCGACAAAGACACUUGUACGAGCAGAAAACGGGAACGGCGCACAGAAUCCGGCCCUGACGGGGAAGCAGACUCGCUUCACGGUUUAUGACCUUCGAACAAAGGAGGAACAUGCUUCCAUCGACAUGACCGGGGAAAUUACCAGUGUUACGAUCUCGUCGGAUUCAAAUUUUGGCCUUAUAAACCACUCCCCGGAUGGUGUCAUGUUAUGGAGUCUUGAGGAACCGAAGCUCGUUCGCAAGUAUGCAGGACAGAAGCAGACCAAACAUGUUAUCCGAAGUUGCUUCGGCGGACCCGGAGAGAAUUUUGUGCUGAGUGGUAGCGAAGAUACCAAUGUGUACGUUUGGCAUAAGGAGUCUGGUACCCCUUUGGAAAUCCUCCAAGGACACGGACAAGGAAGCGUGAAUGCUGUAGCGUGGAACCCCUGCCAAGAGGCCAUGUUUGCGACUUGUUCGGACGACCACACCGUGCGCAUAUGGGGCAAAGAUCCACCCGGCUUCAUAACAUCCAUAACUGAGUCGACUACGGAGGAUAUCCCACCGCAGGUCAGUACCCUGUCACGGGACCCUCCGACCCUACGCUGGGAUGAUGCGAGGGAGAUGUUUUUAUAA